GGAGAAGGGGUGGAAGGGAGCGGGCCGAAGCCGCUGCAGAGCCUGUGCGAGCUGCAGCUCCGUAGCCGUGGGGAAGGCGUGGGGCGGGUCAGGCGGAAGGAGGAGGAAGGUGGUAGUGGUGCAGGAUGGCGGCGACGACCUACGAGCGGCUGAAACUGCAUAUCACACCUGAAAAGUUUUACGUGGAAGCUUGUGAUGAUGGAGCGGAUGAUGUACUUAUCAUUGACCGUGUGUCAACAGAAGUUACCCUCUCAGUCAAGAAAGAUAUUCCUCCCUCAGCUGUCACAAGACCAAUAUUUGGUAUACUGGGCACAAUCCAUCUGGUGGCAGGUAAUUACCUGAUUGUCAUUACCAAAAAGACAAAAAUAGGUGAAUUUUUCAAUCACGUAAUCUGGAAAGCAACAGAUUUUGAUGUCCUUUCUUAUAAGAAGACAAUGUUGCACUUAACUGAUAUUCAGUUACAAGAUAAUAAAACUUUCUUAGCAAUGAUAAACUAUGUCUUGAAUAUGGAUGGGUUUUACUUUUCAACAACAUAUGAUUUGACUCAUACUUUGCAGCGGCUGUCCAACACUAGCCCAGAAUUCCAAGAAAUGAGUCUCUUGGAAAGGGCAGAUCAGCGGUUUGUAUGGAAUGGUCAUCUUCUAAGAGAACUUUCUGCUCAGCCAGAGGUCCAUCGGUUUGCCCUUCCAGUAUUACAUGGCUUUAUUACUAUGCACACGUGUUCUAUUAAUGGAAAAUACUUCGACUGGAUUCUCAUCUCAAGGAGGAGUUGUUUCAGAGCUGGUGUGCGCUACUAUGUAAGAGGAAUUGAUUCUGAAGGCCACGCAGCUAACUUUGUAGAAACAGAACAAAUUGUGCACUACAGUGGGAGCAGGGCUUCAUUUGUACAGACUCGAGGAUCAAUACCAGUUUUCUGGUCUCAAAGACCAAACCUCAAGUAUAAACCAGUGCCACUGAUCAACAAAGUAGCCAAUCAUAUGGACGGUUUCCAAAGGCAUUUUGACUCACAAGUAAUUAUUUAUGGAAAACAAGUAAUAAUCAAUCUGGUAAACCAGAAAGGCUCAGAGAAGCCACUUGAACAGGCUUUUGCAACAAUGGUGUCUUCCUUGGCAAGUGGAAUGAUAAGAUAUAUUGCCUUUGACUUCCAUAAGGAAUGUAAAAAUAUGAGAUGGGAUCGACUAAGUAUUUUGUUGGAUCAGGUAGCAGAAAUGCAAGAUGAAUUAAGUUAUUUUCUAGUGGAUGCUGCUGGCAUGGUGGUGACGAACCAGGAAGGUGUGUUCCGCAGCAAUUGCAUGGAUUGUCUGGACAGAACCAACGUGAUCCAGAGUCUGUUAGCUCGUUGUUCACUUCAGGUGCAGCUGCAGAGACUAGGAGUUUUGCAUGUGGGACAAAAGCUUGAAGAACAAGAUGAAUUUGAGAAGAUUUAUAAAAACGCCUGGGCUGACAAUGCAAAUGCUUGUGCCAGACAGUACGCAGGGACUGGUGCCUUGAAGACAGACUUUACCAGAACUGGGAAGAGAACUCAGCUGGGACUUAUAAAGGAUGGCUGGAACUCACUGAUACGGUAUUAUAAGAACAACUUUUCUGAUGGAUUUAGACAAGAUUCCAUAGACCUAUUUCUGGGAAACUAUUCAGUGGAUGAAUUAGAAUCUCAUAGUCCUUUAAGUGUUCCAAGGGAUCUGAAAUUCCUGGCUUUGCCUAUUAUCAUGGUGGUUGCCUUUUCAAUGUGCAUUAUCUGUUUGCUUAUGGCUGGUGACACUUGGACAGAAACACUGGCCUAUGUACUCUUCUGGGGAGUUGCAAGCAUUGGAACGUUUUUAAUUAUUCUUUAUAAUGGCAAAGAUUUUGUUGAUGCUCCCAGAUUGGUCCAGAAAGAAAAGAUAGACUGAAUUUGUGUCUGUGGAAAGCGGCUUGGCUUGGAAGAUUCCAUUAUGCAGAACUGGAGUCUUUACUGACCUGCUUUCCACAUCAGCCUGAGGUUUCUCAAAGCCUUUAUCCAAAAGCACAUCUUGUGCUCUGUUAUAGGGGUGAUGACUUAGAGUAUCGUAUCUGAUGUUAUUGCCUUGAUGAUCUCUUUACUUUUGGGACAGUUGUAUUUAUAAUUUGAGCUCUUCUAUAAUUAAAGUAUAACCUGAAUUUCAGCUCACAGAAUGGAAGGAAUCUAUUCACUGUCAGUUUAAUCAGCUGUUGCAGAAUAAGUAAUAUAUUUAAGAAAUCUAGCUUUUUUCAUUAUUUAAAACAGUAAAAUUAUUUUUCCAGCUUAAUUUCAUUGUCAUUGUAGAAGCAGUCAUUGUUAAGCAACAUACUUUUCCACACAUCUUUGGGCCUUCAUUAAAAGUUUAAUAAGCUAACUAUAAUACGUUUAUAAAAUGUACGUCUUUCACAUACAUCAAAUAGUUGGACAAGUCAGUCUGUGGUGUCCUGGCAGGGAGGCAGAGAAUGGGGGUCUGGUAUCCCUUUGAUGUUUCAGUUGGGCUGCCUUCUGAGUUCAGUCAGCCUGGACUGCUGUGGUCGGACCAGCAGUUUAAGUGUGAUGAAAAAGUUCAAAUAUACUUUAUCUUUUUUAAAAGGUGUAAAUGAAAUCAAAGAAUGUAAAGUUUAUCUCUUAUGCUAAAGGUCCAAAGCCACCUCAGUUCUAAGGAUUGGCCCAGUGGGGAAAGUAUCCUUGGUUGGUAAGCUGCUUCCUCCUGGAUGCUUUGGUGUUUUUGGUGUCAUUACUGGGACAUGCAAACCUCCAAGAGGGUCUUGUGCUGGAUUUGAUACUGUACUUGGAGGCAGCAGCUGCUUUUCCACACAUGGUACCAUUGAUGCUUUCCACUCGGUAAAGUUUUGUUAGCUAUGAAUAAGUGCGUCUAAAAACAAGUGCUUCUAAUGUAGAGUUCUCCAAAUCAAGGACCAAUGUAGACUUUAAUUUAUGUGCAAAACAAACCUGAAAAAUAUGCUUUAGAAGCUGUGCAUAGUUCUAAUUAUAAGUUGGGCUGUAUACUUAAUUGUAAUUAAUGAGGUUUAAAUAUUAGAAAAGUAUGUAAGGUAGUAUAAUGGCCACUAUUUUAAAACAAUUGAAUUAAAUUAAAUACUGCUACAACAUUUGUGUGUGCUUAAAAAUAUGUACAGUUGUUUCCAGUAGUAAUACCUUAUGUUGUCUUUAAAUAUCUCUAAAAGCGCCUUUAUUUCAACAUUACUUUUUUUCAACAUGGUCUUUUAUAAAUGUUAACAAGAGUUGUUGCUUUUAGAAACUUUAAAGGAAAUAAUAGCUGGAAAACCCUCUGUAGCUUAAAAUCAGUCAUUAAUCUGAUUUUCACAAUAAAAUCACAAAUAGGGUAAGUGAUUAGAACUGCCUAGUCUUAAUGUGGACCAUAAGCAUAAUUUGCUCCAAAGGUGAAAUACUGGAACUUAGUCCAUGUCUGCUGUAAUAUGUUACUCAGAUGCUACUGGGCAUUUCAAGGUAAGAGCUUGUUUCAACGGCUACAGUGAAGACCAAAUCCGAACUGCUGAUGUGGCUGCUUGGCAGCAAAUGGACUAAUUUGGUGCGUUAGAUUUUAAGGUAUUAAUAUUUCAGAAUCCUGCAAUGAUUUUAUUUCUGGAUUCAUGUACUGUACAUCCAUAAAUGAAAAUAAAAUGUCAUAUCCUUUUCUAA